GCUCCGCGCCAGGGUCUAGUCUGCGCCGGGCAAGUUCGGGCUGCCAGCGUCGGGAGAGGAGCCGGCCCGGUUGCCGAUGCUGGAAGUUCACAUCCCGUCUGUGGGGCCCGAGGCCGAGGAGUCCGGACAGAGCCCGGAGAAAGGACACAUGGUGUUCCGAGUGGAAGUGCUGUGCCGCGGGCGCAGACACACCGUGCCGAGGCGCUACAGCGAGUUCCACGCGCUCCACAAGCGGAUCAAGAAACUGUACAAAGUGCCCGACUUCCCAUCGAAACGUCUGCCCAACUGGAGGACCAGGGGCCUGGAACAGCGUCGACAGGGCUUGGAGGCCUACAUCCAGGGCGUCCUGUACCUGAACCAGGAUGUGCCCAAGGAGCUACUGGAGUUCUUGAGACUUCGGCACCUCCCCACAGACCCCAAGGCCAACAGCUGGGGCACCCUGGAGGACUUCCUUCCCAGCAACAGCAGGCAAGUCACAGUCCCCUCCUCUGCCGGCUCCUGCUGCCACCUGGUGGCCAGAUGCCAGGAAUGGGCCUGCCACCUCUGGCCUCUGGCCUGUCCUUGCGGCCCAAGUUUUCCCACUGGUGCCCCCAAGCCCACUUCCCACUCACCUUUCCCUUUGUGGGUCCCCGGUGAGCUCAUCUCAGGUGUUACCCCACAUGGGACUUCACCUUACCCCCCACCCCGGUGGUUCACGAUCCUCUUUCCUCUCAGCUGCCAGCUGUACCGCCGACCUGUCGUCAGCUUCUGCAUGGAUCCCUACAUUUGCACCCCUUCCCCAGAGCCUCUGCCCAAUGUGGUGGUGAACGGUGUGCUCCAGGGCCUCUACAGCUUCAGUAUCAACCCCAUCAAAGCCCAGCCAGAGGCUGCCUGUCACCUUGUUCCUCCACCACCGGCGCUCUGACCAGCCCAGAGGCCUUCGGGCCACCUAUCAGGACAGUCGCAUGCCUUACUCUGCUGAACUCCACGUAAGGCACCAGGGCUGGGUCCUCCCUUGGCCUGGGACCCAGGCCUUACCCACCAGGACCCAUAACUCAGCCCACACUGGCAGCUGGGGUGGUAGAACUCAGGUGCUCUGGGCCCCAAGGGUCAAAGUAAGGGCACAGAGGGUAAGGGAUAAAGGGAGAAGUUGGCUAUGAAAAUGUAUAAAAGCUAUUUCUUAACCUAAGCCAGAAGGAAAAAAACCAAAAACCAAAGUUGAGGCACAGUAGCUGGCAGUUUAGAAGCAAGGAGCAAAAGGCUCCCCUCUGACUUUCUGAGGGCAGCACCUGGGUAAAAGGUUGGCGGGCACCUAAGGAAGGGGCUAACACCCGCUGCCACUGGAGAAUCCUGGACUUAGGGGAGGCACUGCAGGCCCAGGAACCCAGCCUACACACAGGUUAUUAAAAAAAAAAACCCACCUUUUUUUUAUUGGUCAGCGUUGGCAGGAGUUUGUUACAAAACUGGGCCUGUGGAAUGUGGGUCCACUCCGUCAGAUGCCAGCACCAGGGCCAGUCAGUGUGGAGCCCUCUGGCGGACCACCUUCACCCCAUAAGGGCAGCAGGGCUGCAUAGAAGGUCGCUCAAAGGAAAGAGGUCCCUGGGGCCCUACUCCUUGGCGAUGGCAAAGGGCUUCUCCACCUCAAUCUUGCCACAGUCUGCAAUCGUCACAUCCUUCAGGGGCUUGUCCCGACUGUCUGUCUUGGUGCUCUCCACCUUCCGUACUACAUCCUGGGAAGGAAAGGCGGAAGAAGGGGGGCAGGGUGGGUCUAGAGGUCGGCCACUGAAGCAAGGGGAGCUAAGCCCCGUGUGUGGAUCAGGAGGGCUGAGAUCUACAUGUGACCAACAGCAUGCAAACCUUGAGGCACCAAAUUUCUAAUGAACUCAGACCAGGGUGCCAGCCCAGGGCAGGGACAAUAAGGGAAGCAGCAGUUUUGUUCCUUUGAAAGAAGACCCAGGUUGGGCUAAGGGUGAGGGAAGGAGGAGGGCGGCUGGGAGUGUGGUACAUGGUGCUCAGCUUGGGGGAAGCCUGCAGAGCACCAUCUAAGGGAAUGAAAGAAGGCUCCUGUGGUUAAGAAUCCUUAGUGAGGCCUCCCGGCUGGCCUCUGCCUGGGGCCCAGAAGGGUUAGAAUUUGGGGGCACCAAUACGCAGGCUGUUGAUUCUUGAUUUCCCCCAGGUUAGGAGACAUAAGCACUGUUCUGAACGUAUGGGUUCAGUUCUUUUGGGGAAAGGAUGAAAUCUAUGCAGCCCUGGGCCCAUGCCUGUAUCAGGUCCCUGGUGAGGAGCCCCAGCCUCCAGGACUCACCAUGCCCUCCAGAACUUUGCCAAACACCACGUGCUUGCCAUCUAGCCAGGACGUCUUGACUGUAGUGAUGAAGAACUGGGAACCGUUGGUGUCUUUGCCUGCGUUGGCCAUGCUCACCCAGCCAGGCCCGUAGUGUUUCAGCUUGAA